CAAAUUAUGCAAUACACAUAAACAAAAAAGAUUUAAAAAGAAUGAGUGCAAGCAACUUAGUUCGUGCAGCCUUAGGAAAUGUAGCAGCCCUUGGUGAUUUGUAUGAUGCAAGAACAGACAACUUCCUCAAGAUUUCAAUUUUUAAUAAGAAAAUCCCAGAGGAUGCCAUAAAUUUGACAGAUAAUCAUUUUUCCGACAUCCGUUUAAUUCAUUCGGAUACUUAUUCUGAGAAGUUUUCAAAAUUUGAUGUCAAAGGUGAACUGCAAGGCAGUGUUCUUGCCGGUCUUUUGAAUCUUGAAGGUUCUGGUCGUUAUUUAAGUGAUAAAAAAACAUCUGCGAGAGCAGUCAAAAUUUCUCUUUUAUACAACAUUAAAACAAAAGAAGAAUCGGUGAAUAUUUAUGACCAAAGUUUAAAGAAUUCUUUUGCUGUGGAAGCAGCUGAGUCUGAAUUAGCAACUCAUGUUGUUGUUGGAAUUUCUUGGGGUGCAAACUCCAUCUUGUCAUGUGAAUAUUUGAACACUGACAAUCGAGAUGUCACUGAAAUUGAAGGAAGUUUGUCAGCUCAACUAAAAAAAAUUUGUAUGUCAUUAAAAAGUAACGCUUCGGUAGAGUUAAAAAACGGUGACAACAAUAUCGAUCUCCAUUUUGAGAUACACAUAUAUGGUGACGUUCUUCCAAGCAAUAAUGAUUUACCAACAAGUUUUGAAGAAGCCCUGAACUUUAUGAAACAGGUGCCAACUCUUGUUGAGAAAUCUAAUCUAGGCCGUGGAAAGCCUUUAACUUAUAAAUUACUUCCGCUGUCUCUCAUACAAAAAUAUCUCAAGUUGUCUUUGAAAGCCGACAGUUUUAUUAAAUCUCUUGAAGAAGACAGUCUGCUAAGAGUUAUUUAUCUUUUUGAAAAAAUUACUUUAACCAAACAGGAAAUACACGACUUCUAUCAAGACACCAUGAACCACAGGUUUUGUAUCCAGAACACAGACAUUGAGAUGAUCACCGCAAUUAAAGAAGAAUUUGAAAUUCAAGAAACUAAAUUUCGUUCUAAAUUUGGUUCAACACUGAUUGCUUUAAGAUCUGGAAAUGGAAGCACAUUAGAGUUUGAAAAACUUUUAACAGACUAUAAAUCUGGAGAUUUUUCGCCUGAAAAAGUUUCUACAAAACUUGAGAACUUAAAUCACAUUUCAGAAAAAAUAUUAUUUGCAGAUUCCUUGAUAUCAAAAGGAGCAAAAUAUUUUGGCAAAAAGGGAAACUUUGAAAAUGUUAUUUUUGAUAAUAAAAUAGCCAGAUUAUAUAUUCUGUAUUUUAACGAAGACUGUAAAACAUCUCAAAUCGAAAAAUGGCAUAAAAACAUAAAACUUUUCUAUCAAGAAAUGACAAAAGGUAUAAAAGAAGACAUGUUUUGGGCAGUGGAUUGUGACAUACAUCCUAACUUAUGGCCUAAGAUUGGUGUUUCAAUUCAGGUUUUUCAAAAUGGUCAGGUUGUCAUUGAGAACAUGUUAGAAGCAUCUGCAAACACAGCAUAUGCAAGAUGCACUUUGACAAUGAAUCCCAUCUUUUCUCAACCUAAUAAUCGAGUUUAUUUAGUAAUUCCAUGCACUGGAAAAAAAUGCAAAUCCGAGAUAGAGCAUGAAUGGGUGUGUCCAACAUGUGAAAAACAGAUCGAGUAUGGGUUUGAUAAUCAACUGUAUUGCUUAUGUGGUUAUGGUGAUGCUAGUUGUUACGAAUUCAAAUGUACUGACAAAGAGCAUGGGAAUGGUUAUGAUUUUCACGUGGACAAAUAUUAUGUUAAACGUCAUUUCUUGCAGCGAAGACUACAAAAAGAAAUAAAUAUUUUAAUUAUAGGAGAAACAAGAGUUGGAAAGUCUACCUGGAUCAAUGCGUUUCAAAACUAUUUAAAGUUUCUCAGCCUUCAAGAAGCAGAAAAAAAAGAUCUUUGCAGUUUAAUUGCUUCUAAGUUAUCUAUAUGUGAUGAAAAUUAUAAUGGUAUAACUAUAUAUACUGGAAAAGACGAUAAUGAAGUUUUUAUAACAGGACAGUCAGCCACAAAAAAGAGCAAAGUUUACUCAUUUAUAAUUGACGACACUAAAAUAAGACUAAUUGACACACCUGGGUUAGGUGAUGCCAGAGGAAUUGACCAAGAUAGAAUCAAUUUUGAAAACAUUCUUUCAACUUUGUCAUACUUAAAUGAGCUGCAUGGAAUUUGCGUUUUUUUAAAAGCAAACAACUCAAGAUCAAAUAUAACUUUUGAGUUCUGCAUCAAUGAACUACUGACCUAUCUACAUAAAGAAGCAAGUAAUAAUAUUGUGUUUUGCUUUACACAUUCUCGUCCAUUCUUCUACCAACCUGGUGAAACAUUACAGGUAUUAAAAACACUCGUUGAAAGAAAUGAAAAUGGUAAAAUUGAUAUAUCAAACAAAACUACGUAUUGCUUUGAUAGUGAAGCAUACCAAUAUCUUGCAGCUGUCAAAAACAAAAAGCUAUUUAAGUUUUCAAAGAAAGUGUAUGAAAACAAUUUUAAAAGUUGGGAACAUUCCGCCAAAGAGGUUAUAAGAAUGCUCAAAUAUAUCUCCAAUUUGAAACCUCAUCUAAUACAAAGUACCGUCUAUCUUGGUAAAACUCGAGAAUAUUUUCAAAACCUUACCCGUCCUAUGGCUGAAAUAAGUAAAAACAUAGAAACUAAUCAAGAAAUCUUAAAAAAUCUAACUAAAGAAAUUCAACAGAUAGUUAACACAAUUGAAAGUCUUAAUAAGAAAAAAACUUUUUCAAAAGUUGAGUUAGAGAUAAUUGAAUUUGAUUUUCCGAAAGUUGUGUGUACAAAUUAUGAAUGUAAAAAAAAUUCUGAGCAGGGAAACUCAAGGUCAAUUAAUAACACAACUGUUUGUCAUGAUUGUGUUCAACUAAAAAGUGCUAUAUAUUCUUCCAACUUAGUUGGUGAUGAGACACUUUUACAUUGCGAUUGUUUUAAGAUGUCAAAAUGUGUUCAGUGUGGCCACAGCUACAUAGAACACAUGUUUAUUAACUAUGAUGCUAUCGAAGUAAGAAAAGAUGUUGAAGACGAGGCAAUAGUUAACGAUCUCAAAAUUAAAUUAUCAGAAGCUGAAAUGAAACGAGAGAUGCAUUGCUUUAAAAAAAAUGAAAAUAUUGAACUUGAAAAAGAGUUAAAUUCUGUAAAAGAAUCCGGCGUGAAAUGUGCAAACUUUCUCAAACACAAUUCUAUUACUCCUUACAAUGAUAAAAUGGAGAUUUACUUAAUGCACUUGAUUAAUGAUGAAAGGGAUAAAAUUCAGAAUGGAGGAUGCAAAACAACUUUAAAAUCAUUAGAAAUCCAACUGGAGUCUUGUAAACAACAGAUAAAAAUAUAUAACGAACAACUAAACGCAUGUGAUGCAAUUGUGGAUGAUGAAACGUUUGAGAUUUUUUCCAUAUUGAACACUACAAAUUUUCCUCAGAAACAAAUGGAUUUUUAUCAAGAAGUCCCUGUGAUUAUAGAAACUAGCUCAAUGAGCUUUCUUUAAUCAAACUGUUCUGUAUAUUUUUAUGUUUACUUAUUCUAUAGCGAAUUUAAAAGUUUUAAAUGCAAUUUUGAAUAAAUGACUAAAACUUAUUAGACGUUAAAAAAACUCUCUUUUUUUAAACUAUUUUUCAGAGUAGCAAUUAUUUUUAUAACAUGUCAGUAUUUUUAACACU